GGAGAGGCAGGGACUGGACUCACCGGGAAAGCGUCAGCAGGUGCGGGUAGGAUGGCGAGGGAAACAGCAUUCGGCAAAGCUGUACCUGAUGACGAACAAGUAACUCCUGUUCUCCGUGAUCCAAAUGAGAGCGCGCCCUCCGAGGUCAGUGGGGAGGGGAGGAGGCUGGGUAGCGGGAACUCCGGCAGUGCCAAAUUGUUGGCCUCAGGUCCUUCUGUGGGUGGGAACAGAACCGACGCCUCCGAGCUCUUGAGCCCUCGAAGGAGCAGCUUGGAAGCCAGGAAAAGCAAAGAGACGGUAACACCUGUAGCUGAAGAUAGGAACCUUCCAGAAAAUGCGGCCCAAACUGACGUCACUCCGGCUGGAGUAGAUUCCGUGUUCAGUACUCCGGCUCCCCUCCACCCAGAGACAACUGUGAACUUGACUCAGUACCUGACUCCUGCAAGUAGCAGUUCUCAGGAGCUCGGAGUGUUCAGUGUGGACACAGGGUCACCCUCAGUGGCCUCACCCCCCACUGAUGGUGGGCAGAUACUGAACACAUCGCCGAAAGUGCCUGACAAGACCACCUGCCCCAGUGGAAUCCCCAAGCCUCUUACGCAUCCCAAGGACACGCCCUCCUCCCAGGAAGCACUGGAGAAACCGGAGACAGAGAAAACGGAAGAAAGGACAGAGGCAAAGCCCAUCCUCAUGCCGAAACCCAAACAUGUGAGGCCCAAGAUCAUCACUUACAUACGCAGGAACCCCCAGGCGCUGAGUCAGGGAGAUGCUUCCCUUGUCCCAGUGGGGCUUCCGUAUGCCCCUCCUGCAUGUGGUAUGCCUCUUCCCCAAGAAGAGAAGGCGUCGAGCCUUCAGCGGUCUGCAAAUAUGUACGAGAAACUGAAGCCUGACUUGCAGAAGCCAAGGGUCUUCCCUUCGGGAUUGAUGGUGUCUGGGAUCAAGCCCCCAGCGCACCAUUUCAGUCAGAUGAGCGAGAAGUUCCUGCAGGAGGUCACAGACCACCCUGGGAAAGAAGAAUUUUGCUCUCCUCCCUACACCCACUACGAAGUCCCUCCCACUUUCUACCGCUCGGCAAUGCUCCUUAAGCCUCAGCUGGGGUUGGGUGCCAUGUCCCGACUCCCAUCGACCAAAAGCCGGAUUCUGAUCGCAAGCCAGAGGUCCUCAGCGGGUUCCAUCCAUCCGCCCGGAUCAAUCGCAACAGCCGCCAGUUUCUACGGUUCUGAUCCUUCAGACCUCAAGAGAGCCUCCAAUUCGAAUGCUGCAAAGUCCGGUCUACCGAAAUCCGGACUCCGUCCUCCUGGCUACUCACGUCUCCCAGCAGCCAAGCUGGCGGCCUUCGGCUUUGUGAGGAGCUCCAGUGUCUCUGCGGUGCCCAGCACCCAGUCCCUGGACAGCGCACAGCCGGAGCAGAGCAGGCCGGUCACCCGUGAGUGGGGCAAAGAGGUUGAGGAGGUUGGAGGAGAGGCGUGUGCCCUGCCAGGGGCGGAUGGCAGACAGGGGAUACCCAGGGACCCCGUGUACUGUCCUUGAUUAGUUAAUUAAGAAAAGAACUCGGAUUACUACUCGAAUCUGUCAUCUUUUUACCGUAUCCUAAUCACCCACCAAAGACAAACAGCCUAUUUGACACUUCCUCAGUUACGGGGAGUUAAUACUCUUAAAGAGGAGCCAGGCACCCACACUGGGCAGUUUACAAACACCUAAAAUUCCAGAUUUAGGCGGGCGAUCUGAUGUCUCCUUCUGGCCUCUGUGGGCACGACAUGCAUAC